UUCACAUAAAACAUCCAAUCCUCAAAAGUAAACCAGAACUCACGAUGACAGGACGCGCCAAGGCACUAAGUUUGCUAAAACAUAUUUCUUCGGCAACAUGCCAAUGCCCUGCCCAUUCUGGCGGCUGGUCACAGAUGGCCCACUCCACAAAGGCAACUGAAACAACUGAUUAUGCCUUUGAGAUGGCCUGCUCCACAGUGCGCUAUGGCCCUGGGGUGACUAAGGAAAUAGGCCAGGACUUGGAGGCAAUGGGGGCCAAGCGAGUUCUGGUCAUGACCGACAAGACCCUGGCCCAGAUGUCCCCUGUGGGAGUCGUUGUUAACUCCCUAGCAAAAUAUAAUGUUAACUUUUCUGUUUUUGAUAAUGUAAGAAUUGAGCCCACUGAUGUGAGUUUUAAAGAGGCCAUCAAUUUUGCAAAGGAAGGAGAGUUUGAUGCUUAUGUGGCAGUGGGAGGGGGAUCUGUUAUGGACACAUGCAAGGCAGCCAAUCUCUACGCAUCAGACCCGGAUGCAGACUUCCUUGAUUAUGUGAACCCCCCUAUUGGCAAGGGCAAGCCAGUCACAGCUAAGCUUGCACCACUCAUUGCAGUGCCUACGACAGCUGGCACAGGCAGUGAGACGACAGGAGUGGCUAUCUUUGACUAUGAGCCACUGAAGGCCAAGACAGGCAUUGCCAAUCGUGCACUUAGGCCAACUCUGGGCAUAAUCGACCCACUCCACACACUCCUCAUGCCCGAGAGAGUAGCUGCCUAUAGUGGAUUUGAUGUUUUGUGCCAUGCCCUGGAGUCGUACACUGCCAUUCCUUACCACGACCGAUCACCCUGCCCAGAGAGCCCCCUGCAGCGCCCAGCAUACCAAGGCUCAAACCCCAUUUCUGACGUGUGGUCUAUUCACGCUCUUGGAGUUCUUGCAAAGUACUUUAAAAGGUCUGUGUACAAUGCUGAUGAUGUAGAAGCUCGAUCUAAGAUGCACUUGGCAAGCACUUUCGCUGGUGUUGGGUUUGGCAAUGCCGGAGUUCACCUGUGUCAUGGCAUGUCAUAUCCCAUUGCUGGAAAUGUGAGGAAUUUCUUACCCAGAGAUUAUGAAUGUGAUCACCCCAUUAUACCUCAUGGGCUGUCAGUAGUGAUGACAGCUCCGGCUGUCUUCCAGUUUACUGCUUCCAUGUGCCCAGAGCGACACAUAGAAGCAGCAAAGGUGCUUGGAAAGGAUGUGACUAAUGUUAAAAGGGAAGAUGCAGGCCGUGUUUUGGCUGAUGUUCUCCGUGAGUUCAUGCAUGAAAUGAAGGUAGACAAUGGACUGGAAGCUCUUGGCUACACAACAGAUGACAUCCCUGCUUUGGUGAAAGGGACUCUCCCACAGCAUCGAGUGACAAAGCUGGCACCAAGGGAACAGAGUAAAGAAGACCUGGCAAUCCUCUUUGAAAAUUCAAUGAAAGUUUUCUAAGUUGCAGAAAAUAUUUUGUAAUGUCUAGGGAUAUGUUCCUGUUUCUCUUACAAGUUGUUGAACACUAACGGUCCAUUUUUUAAGCAAGUAAAGAUUUUUUAAAUGUUGUUUAGUGUAACAUUAAUAACUUCCAUUUUGAGAGACUAUAGAAAUUAUGUAAUCAAUUUACUUUGGGCUCUUUGAAAUUAUUUAUGCAAAUACUUUUCAGAAUAAUGUUCACAAAAAAAUGUUUAUUGAUAAUUAAAUUUGUGUUAUUUACCAAAUGCUUUAUGAUCUUUUUAAUGUUAAUGCUACCAUUAUGGUGUAUAUGAAUCAGUUAUAUAUGUUAAUAAUGGCAACUAAAACUACUUGGGUACACUUACUGUCCUUUGUGAAUUUUGUUGCAAACAGAUGGCUUGAUUUUUAUUUCUAAUAUUACUAGUAUCAAUAUUGUAAUUAUUAUUGUUAUCAUAAUUAUGAUAAUGUUAUUAAUAUACUAUUAGCAAUAAAACAUAAAGAAAAAUCUCUAAAAAUUAAGGAAAAGUGUAAACCAGUGAGUUGGUAUGAACAGGAAUUUACUGCUUGGUGACUGAGUACUUGGGGAGCCAUCUAAGUGUAAACACAAUCAAUAAAAUCAGAGAGGACAUGUACAUCAUGCCAUCCCAAUACAAGGUAUUAAGUAAGUAACAUAUUACCCCAAUGCCAACAGGAGUUUUAUUUGCCAUAUUGGCCAAGGUCAGUUGGGUGUUUGAGGGAAAAAUUAAAGACUGGAAUGUAGAA